CGUCCACCUCAAAGCCGCCAGCUGCCAGGCCGCCCGUGACGCACUACGCCUGCGCCGCCCCGCCGCCCCGUGACGUCACGACGCCCGCGCCGCCGCCGUCUCGCGAGUCUUUUCCUAGUACCCUGGGAGCUAGCUGUGGAUGUUCAUAAGGAUUGUCUUCAGCCAUGGCCUUGGGUUUAAGGUGCUUCCGCUUGGUCCACCCUGCCUUUUGCAAUUCCCUUGCAGCCUUGACCAGACCUGUUUCAGAAGUUACGAUGAAGACCACGAGUGGAAGACGAAAUGACCACGGGCAAUACGUGGCCCGUCCAGCUGUACCAGCCCGUCAUUUUGCUACCAAGAAAGCCAAAGCCAAAGGGAAAGGACAGUCCCAAACCAGAAUGAAUCUUAACACUGCCUUGGUUGAGGAUAUAAUCAGCCUGGAAGAUGUGGAUGAAGAAAUGAAGUCUGUAAUAGAAGCACUCAAGGAUAAUUUCAAUAAGACUGUCAAUAUAAGGACCUCACCAGGAUCCCUUGAUCAUAUCACGGUGGUAACUGCUAAUGGGAAGCUUGCUUUAAACCAGAUUGGCCAGAUCUCCAUGAAGUCGCCACAGCUGAUUUUGGUGAAUAUGGCCAGCUUCCCAGAGUGUACAGCUGCAGCUAUCAAGGCUAUAAGAGAAAGUGGAAUGAAUCUGAACCCAGAAGUGGAAGGGACGCUAAUUCGGGUACCUAUUCCCAGGGUAACCAGGGAGCACAGGGAAAUGCUUGUGCGACUGGCUAAACAGAACACCAACAAGGCCAAAGACUCUCUGCGGAAGGUUCGUACCAACGCGAUGAAUAAGCUGAAGAAGUCAAAGGACAAGGCCUCGGAGGACACCAUUAGGCUCAUAGAGAAACAGAUCAGCCAAAUGGCCGACGACAUAGUUGCAGAGCUGGACAGGCAUCUGGCCAUGAAAACCAAAGAACUCCUCGGAUGAAAGUCUGCCAGGGGCCAGUAGUGCUCCAGAGCCCAGUUCCUGGCUGGUUCCAUGGGUGGCAAAUUGGCCUCUCUCUACCUCGUCCACACAGAAGGAAGGUUGUCACGUGCAGUUGUCAUCCUUGUGAGGCCCAGCCUUCCAGUGGGACCCUCUUCAAUCUCUUCUUCCUGUUCUGUGUCCAUCCCAUCUGCUCUGGGCCUUCUGGCAUGGGUUGCUCUUCAGAGUAUCUGAUGCUCUCAGAGGGACUUGACUUGGGUCAUUUGUCUUGAUCGUGAUGUCAGAGCUCCUUCUCAAGCAAUUAAUCAGGCCCUGUCCCCACCUUUGAACUUUGUUCAGGCCAGUGUGGGCCUUCACUUGUGCCUGGGUACCUCUGCCCAAUUUCACCGAACGAUAAAAUCUAAAUAAAUUGGAAAGAAUAACAACCACAAAGGAAAGGAUGGAGUCAGUCUGGACUGAUGGUCUCCAAGGACCCGUGCGUAAAGCAUCCAGAACAGUGCUUUUGCCUCUGAGUCAUCACAUGCGCACUUUCCUCUGCCUGGACCGUUCUCCCACUCCUCGCCCGGCCAGUCCUUUUCAUCCUUGGGCUUCAGCUUGGACGGCACUUCCUCAGGGAAGUCUUCCUUUUCCCCCUAACCUCAGACCUCCUAGCACUGUCUACUGGGUAUCUGAACCUUAAUUGUUCUUUUUGGUAAUUAGUCUGUAUUUUAGUAUCCUUAGAACUUGGCGUAAUGCUUGGAACAUAGGAGGCAUUCAACUGUGUUGUGAAUGAAUUGCACAUAGUAGCUGCUCAAUCAAAGCUGGCUGCUUUUUCUUUCUUUCAAGUCUUAACUAACACGAUCAUUCUGUCAUUUCCCACUCUUGCUUUUGUCCUUAACACUUUCUUGGUAAUGAGAUCCCUGUCACCAGGGCCUGCCUGUUAUGGACAGACAAGUGGUUUGUUGUGGCUCAUCUUUGCGUAAUAGGUUAAGUUUUUCCUCACAAGUAGGUUUUUUUCCUUCAUUUGUUCAUUUGUCAUUCAUUCACUCAUAACAUAGCCAUCAGGAGCUAGGUACAGUCCUAGAUAAUAUUUUUAAUCUUCACAGUAAACUCACAAGAUGUGAAUUAUCUCCAUUUUAUAAAUAGGAAAAGCGAGACCUGAUAAUAUUAGAUAACUUUCCCAAAGUGUUAAAGGGUUUCAUUAUUUAUCAUCAGUCUUACUUUACAGAGUGGGGAGAGCUCAGAGACGCCAAGUUUCCUGCCUGGGGUUACACAGCUAGCAACUGGCAGACCUGGGAGUCAAACUGAGGCCUGAUCUAAAUCAUGUGCUCUGCCCACUGCAUCCUGUUGCCAUCACAAACAGGGAAGCACCAGCGUUGUGUCAGGGACUGUGCCUCUGUCUUUGAGAGAUGCGCGGUGCCCUGGACUCAGUCGCUGUCUAUGAUGUCUUGGGUGGAAGGUCAGAAGUUUAUUCCAGUCCUACAAGGUGUCUGCCUUUAGAACAGAACCCACUUUAGCAGAAGGGCUUGGCUGCUUGCCUUCGAAGCAGCAUCCAGCUUACUCCUCUCAGAUUCUGCCCCGUGCUAAAAGUAAUAAAGGUUGCACUUCUCCCUCUGCUUGUGCUGGCGGAGCACACUGCGCAACAGCCAGUGGGGAGUCAAGGUCAGAACUAGGUCAAAGAUGAAAGGAGCUGACAGUCUCCUGCUCCGAUUACCUGUCCUCAGUCAGACCCCAUUCCCCAGCCCUGGGUAGCCGUCACACCAUCGGAACUCAGCUGGGGCAAGACAGGGAUAGAAAUAGCAGUCAGGGAGCCUUUCGAGGGGUAAACCACAUGGCAGGGGCUUUGCAAGAGUCUUUCGUGAGUGGCCGAAACCCCCCACUCACUGCAAAUGUGCUUCUCAAAGAUGCAGGAUUUUUUAAUAAACAGAGGAAAUGAUAAAUUAUGUUGUAACUCCACUCCAAAGGCAUUUGGUUCUUAACAGCCAAAUCCUCUGUAGUCUUUAAAUAAACAAAAACUUAUUUGGCGAACAGACGGGGGGAAAAUGAAAGAUUUUCUGUACUUGGGUUCCACAUGUCAACAAUUUCUCUCCUGUGUGUAUGUUGGCCAAAGCCGUAUAUCAUGAUAAAUGAAUAAAGGAAAACCUCGAGCCCAGGGCGGUCAGACAGCUCA